GCGAAAAGAUAAGCUUAGCAGGAAAGGAAAUAAGCAGUGCAGUGAGUCUAAUCAUUACCACGUCACACUGUAAUGACAUGUAGCGCAGUGACAGUGAUUAGGACAGACGCAUCACCAGUUGCCCUCCUCCUUUAUCAUCAUCCAGCUUCACAGUUGCUGGGGAGCCCCAGUUGCAGGAAGGAUCUGGAGAACCCGUCCCAGCAGUUGGGAACUCAUACGGCGAUGUGUCCACCCCGGAGGUGAGGUCUCCAGAGCCGCUGCAAGCAGGCCCAGCUUUGUGCCCUCGAAUAAACUGGGGUAGGUAGCGGUCAGGUGGAACAUCCGGUUCCCUUGUCUCCUCUCGGUUUUCUCCCUGAAACCUGGCCAGGGCUCAAGGAGGAGCACAGAGAGCUGUGCCAUCUGUUUUGGUGUACCGCAGGCCUCUUUGGCAAGACUGAGCGCCCAGAGCCCCGGCAACAUGCUUAGUCGGGCAACAGACAGCGCAGCACAGCUCCCUUGUGAGCAAGGCUCCCCACCCUGACUGUGAUGUCACACGGUGCAGCGCUCAGAACCCACGGAGCACUCGCAGAGGGUGCUGUGCCGAGUGCUGAGCAGGAAGGUGCACGGCGCGAGAUUGCUGGCUUCCGCCGCUUCCUCUUUCCCGUGGCGAGGCCGGCGCUGUACCAACGACAAGUGCUGGCCGCAGGGCCGGGCUCGGUGCCAUGGCACGGCGCACGAAGCCCGAGGUGGAGCGGUACGUUGCCUUUGUGCAGUCCGCCGCCUCUUCUCCUAGAGAGAAAUCGUUGAAAGGAUUCAUCUGUGCUAAGCUGUAUUUUGAAAUAAAAGAAUAUGAGCUUGCUAAAAGAUACGUAUCUACUUAUCUCAGUGUCCAGGAGAGAGAUCCCAGGGCACACAGGUUUCUUGGACAAAUUUAUGAAGUUCAGGACAAUACAGAAGAAGCUGUUGGGUGUUACAAGCGAUCUCUGGGGCUGAACCCAAUACAGAAAGAUCUGGUGCUGAAGAUUGCGGAGCUGUUAUGCAAUAAAGACACCAGUGAUGGAAGAGCAAAAUACUGGGUUGAGAAAGCUGCCAGGCUGCUCCCCAGGAAUCCCGCUGCUCUCAGACUGAAGGAGAAUUUACAAGAAUAUAAAGCUGAAGGUGGCUGGAAUGAGCUCUUUUCUGUGACUCAAGCUGAACUCCGUGCGAGACCUGAUGACGUCUCCCUUAACAUCAAACUUGUUGCACUGUACCACUCACACAAUAAAUUACGAGAUGCUGUGCUCCAUGUUCAGGAGGCAGAGAAGAAAAUACCUCUGGAGACAAGCUUGGAAUGGUGUUCCUGUGUCGUAAAGACACUUGAGGAAUACCUUGAAUCAGCCCAGGACUUGGAAUCUAAUACAAAGAAUUGGAGAGCUAUCAAGAGCAGUCAUCUACUGGCUCAUUCUAGCUUUACUAAAAUGAAAUUUGCUUCGGGAGAUGUCCGUCAGUGCAGAGAGGCACUUGAAAGUUUUGAUCGUCUCCUUCACUCUGUGAGAGAGUCUGUGAGAGAAGCUGGGGAGCUGUCUCACACCUUCCUGGAAAUGAAAGGACAGCUGUACAUGCAUGCUGGGACGUUUCUGCUCACACUGGCCCAGAACAACGAGGCGCAGUGGAGCGAUGCAUGUCAACUGGCAGCACUGUGUUAUCUGAAGAGUUUCAACGUUCCUACACCAAAGUUAAAACUAACAGAAGGGGAUCCUGCUGGACUAGACAAGCUGGAAAUGUUGGCUUGCGAUCGAAAAAGCCAGUCUGGUCAUAUGCUGCUGAGCUUAAGCCGUGGCAAGGAGGAUUUCUUGAGAAAGACUGUGGAAUCUUUUGCCAACACAAGGGGUUUACUGACAUUGUUUGAAAGCCUCUUUGGGAAGGGAGCUUCUCGAGAGAGUUCUUUCCUUGGCACAGAGGAGAUGGGCAAUGUCAGUACACGAGCACCAAUGCAGGCAGAACUUACUAAAUACGAUAUUGGUAAGCCGCCAGAAUCAGUGACAAAACUGAAGUUCUUGUCCAGCAUGGAUUAA